AUGUGGAAUCAUGUGAAAGACUCUAGGGAGGAAGCCAAAAUGAAGUCUACCAAGUACAAAAGGAACAUCAUUCCUUUUGGAAGGAUAAUCACAGAUCUUCUGGUCCAUACUAGAUUAGUUGGUGAUCUGGAAAAGGCUGGAUUUAUUAAAGAUCCUUUUGCAAUGUGUGGAAGUUCCUUGAAUGCCCACACUUUGACAAAGAUGGAUCUGAUUGAGACAAUUGCUUCUACUCCCAGCGUGGAUCAUGCAAUCUUGACCAAAAAGUCUCCUGCUCUGGCUGAUUUUGAAUUGUUUUUAAAAAAUGAGCAUCCAAACAUUGUUGUCAGCUAUCUGAAACUCUGUAAAGAACAAGGUUCUGCGUAUGAUCCUGUGUGGAUAAGCAACCGACAGCUUUUCACUAUAGUUGAUCUAAUACCAGAAACAGAGGAACAGAAAAAGAAGAAGAAAAGAAAGAAAGAACACCCAGAAGGAAGGAAAGAAAUGAAGAAAAAGAAAGAGAAUAAAGAACUGCCAAAAGUUCAAGAAGAGAAUCAAGAAAAAGGAAAAGAGAAGAAGGAAGAAAAGAAGGAAGAAUAG